AUGUUCAACCUGCUCGAAUAUACCGCUGGCGUCUUGCCCGUGACACAUGUCGAUAAGACACGAAAUCAACUGCCAGAGGAUUUUAGCCUCAAGAGUCUCAACGGCAUUGUGCAGGGUGAAUAUGAACUAAUGAUGCGAACGCCAGGCAUGGACCGCCCCGUGGGUGUUCAAGUAAUUGGUCGCCGGUUGGAAGAAGAGAAGUACUAG